GGUCUGAGGGGGUGUAUUUACUGUUGUAUAUAUAGUUCAGGGGUCAGGAGCUAGGGGUAAUCCAUCGUGCCGACGAUGGAACUGGAAAGGCAUUUCUGACUCUACUUUUUUGGAGUAUCUGGCUAUCAAUCUCCACCAUCACCAGUCUUUCAUCUGCAAUUGAAAGCAGAAACGAUCUCUUGGAAACCCUAGUCUCUUUCUUCUUCGUCUUGCUAAAUUUCAAUAUCCAGUAAUGGGCUCUGAAGGAUCCAGUGUUGUUGUUCCUAGGAAUUUCAGAUUACUGGAUGAGCUUGAAAGAGGAGAAAAGGGAAUUGGGGAUGGAACAGUCAGCUAUGGCAUGGAUGAUGCUGACGAUGUUUUAAUGCAGUCAUGGACAGGAACUAUUAUUGGUCCACCCAAUACUGUUCACGAGGGGCGCAUUUACCAGUUGAAAUUGUUCUGCGACAAGGAUUAUCCUGAUAAUCCACCUAGUGUAAGGUUCCAAACUCGGAUAAACAUGACAUGCGUCAACCAGGAAAGUGGAUUGGUUGAACCAAGUCUUUUCCCCAUGCUUGCUAAUUGGCAAAGGGAGUAUACGAUGGAAGACAUAUUGACUCGGUUGAAGAAAGAAAUGAUGUCUUCGCAAAACCGUAAGCUAGCUCAGCCUCCUGAAGGUAAUGAAGAGGCAAGAAUUGAUCAAAAGGGGCUAGUGCUCAAGUGUUGUAUAAUGUAAGUGUAUCUGAGAGAUGAAUAUGUGAUGAGUUGAAAGAAGGAAUGACUGUAUAUAAUAAUACAAGAUUCCAGUCACUGGUUAGGCUUUAUUAUUUAUUUAUGAUCCUAGUCCCGGCAAAAAGUGGCUAAAUGAGCGGAUAAUUGAAUGAAUUGAUAACUGUUCUCUAUCUUUUGAUAUGAUUUGUGUUCUUGAUUCCCUAUCUA